CUCAUCAGUUGCAGUGUGUAUUGAAAUGAGGGAAAUUCUAUACGUUAUCAAGUUUUCAUAAAUAAUAAUAAAUAGUUUUUUUUCAUUUAUCAAUCAAGAUACAAAAAAAGAAAAAAAAUUUUAAUUCAAUGAGUGAAUUAUAACAAAUCGAUUAUAAAGUGUAUUCGUGAAAAGUAAACAUCUUCAUUAUACUAGUAACAACCUUUAACCUCAUUUUCUUAUAUUGUUGUCAAAAUGCCUGAGAAAUAUAGUCCAUCUCCUUCACAUAACCUAGAAGAAGAUCUAGAUCUAGAUCAAGAAGAAAUGAAUUAUAUUGGUGACAUGGUCGAAGUAAUUGAUGAUCAAGACGAUGAUGAACAAGAUGAAAUGAUGGAAGAAGAUGAGGAGGCUGCUGAAAAUGAUGAUAUAGUUACUGAGUUUAAUCGUCAUGAAGGUUCAGUAUUCUGUGGAUCACUAACAAACGAUGGAAAACUAGCAGCAACUGGUGGAGAAGAUGACAUGGCAUAUGUUUGGGAUACUUCUUCAGGAGAAAUUAUACAUGAAUGCAAGGGUCAUAAAGAUAGCCUUAUCUUUACUGAAUUCAAUCAUGAUAAUACUUACUUAGCGACCGGUGACAUGAGUGGAAUAAUUAAUGUAUGGAGGAUGAGUGAUAAAGCUCGUAUUUGGGAUUAUAAUAUGGGUGAUGCUACAUGGAUGAAAUGGCACAGUCAAGCCAACGUAUUAUUUGCUGGAAGUGUUGAUGGUGAAAUUUAUAUGUGGAAAAUUCCAAGUGAGGAAUGUAAAGUUUUUCAAGGAUAUGGACAACGAACUGAAACAGCAACGCUAACUCCUGAUGGCAAAAGACUAAUAGCUGGUUAUGAAGAUGGAGCAAUUCGAGUUUUAGAUUUAAAAGAAGGAACUGUUCAAGUAACCAUUCCAGCUGGUUUAGCCCAUACUGCAGCUAUAACGGACCUAGAUUGUCAAAUAGACGGAAAAUUAAUUAUAUCUGCAGCUGUUGAUGGAAAAACUGUUCUUAGUACUACUCAAAACGGCAAAAUUGUUUCCAUUCUUCAGGAUCUUCAAGGAAAUAAAACUGUCAAUAUGGAGGCUGGACCUGCAGAUGACGAAUCCGAAUCUAAAGAUGAUUGGGUUGAAGCUGUUGCUUUUUGUAAAGAUCCUGAACUACCAUUAGUUGCUACAGGUACACUGAAUGGAGAAAUAUUUAUUUGGGAUUCUUGUAAACAAGCCAUCAGACAUAAAAUUACUCAAGAAAAUGGCGUAAGUAAACUCGUAUGGCUGGGAACUACUCCAUUUUUAUUUUCUGCUGGUUUGGAUGGAGUUAUGAGAUAUUACGAUGGACGAACAGGCCGUUGUAUAAAAUCUUUAUGGUUUCACACUGAGGGUAUAUUAGAUUUAUGCAUUUCUAGAGAUGGAAAGAAAAUUUUAACUACAUCAGACGAUUCUUCAGCUCGAAUUUCUGACGUUCCUGAAUGUUAAUUGAUAUUGGUAAUUAGAAAGGUAAUUAUUAAAUCACUAAAACAUUACUCUUGAAGAAAAAAGAUAUCUUUAUUGUAGCAAAAAUGGUCUAUAUACACAUUAAUUUUAUUUGUUUUUUUUUUAUUUAAGAAAAUAAUAUUUCUUAUGAUAUUUUUUCACGAUACCAUUGAGUAUCAAGAUUGUAACGAGUACCUUUCCAAGUAAAAUGUGUGGGAUCAGAAUCUUCUCCGUUUUUGAAUUCAAAUGCAGAACUAAAUUCUAUUGCAAGUUUUGAUCUUAUCAAACCAACACCUCCAAUUUUGAUUGGAGCUGGAUGAUAAAUUCUGCCUGUUUGAAUAUUCAUACAAAUUUUAUCAGGCUCAAAUGGUACCUAAAAAGAUUAUUUUAUUACUUAAAAGAGCAUUGGCUGUAAUUAGUUUCUAUCAUUAAAAUUUAUUGCUAAUAUUAUAUUUACGAACUACGAGAGAUUCUCCUGCAUAACCAUAACUUAAUAAUUCUUGUUGAUUAUCUUUAUUAUCUAUCACAUGUGUAAACACAAUAGGCAAAUCAUCACAACGUAUAUAAUUACGUUCUUUUCCACAUAAUGACAGAUAUGGAAAAUCAUCCAUGUAUCGGCCGGUGUCAUUCUUUUUCAUUCGUUUGAAAAAAAAUGUUAAAAAUUUUUUUUCUGUAAUGAAGAAUGUUUUACUAAAUCGUCUAUUACAUAAAUUUUAUUUUUGAUUGAAAA